AUGAGCUAUGUCAAAGAUGAUUCUAUUCCGCAUUUGGUAGUGCUCUACAGUAAGCAUAUCAUCCACGUCAAUCGGCGACUUUCCUGCUUUGCGAAUUUCCAGCAAAACGAUGUUCUGGUUGAUGUAUCCACCACCGAAACUAUUCGAGGGGGCUCCUCCUCAACAUCGUCUUCUCCAUGCUCCAUCGAGGGUGACAUGGAUUCCUCAUGCUCUUCUGAAGGUACCAUUACACCACACCGGUAA